UGUAGUAUUGCUCAAUUUCUUGUAUAAUUAAAACCACUCCUCCUGAUCUCUGUCUUUCAAUGGAGUUUUUAAUUGCAUUACUGUAUCUUUUGCCUCUUACUUACCUCGUGUUCCAUCUCUGUAAGUUGGUUUCUCGAAGGAGAAGCCAAUGUUGCUAUAUGCUCGCCUAUGAGUGUUACAAAGCUGCUGACGAGGCCAGGCUCAGCACUGGAGAGAGCGCAAAAGUCGUGUUCAGAAACAAGAAUUUGGGCCUGGAAGAAUUCAGAUUUCUCUUACAAACCAUCGUCAAUUCAGGCCUCGGAGAGGACACUUAUGGCCCCAAAAAUGUCAUUGCGGGAAGAGAAGAAUCACCUUCUUUGAUCGAUGCUCUUUCGGAGAUGGAUGAUAUUAUCUUUGACACUCUUGACCGCCUCUUCGCGAAGACGGGAGUUUCUCCAUCUAACGUUGACAUACUCGUCGUCAAUGUGUCACUCCUCCCUGGCCUUCCUUCUCUGUCAGCUCGCGUGAUGAAUCGUUACAAGAUGAGGGAUGAUCUCAAGGUGUUCAAUUUAUCCGGCAUGGGUUGCAGUGCGAGUCUUGUAGCUGUUGAUCUUGUUCAUCAAUUAUUCAAGUCAUAUAACAAUGCACUCGCCAUUGUCGUUAGCUCGGAAUCUCUUGCUCCAAACUGGUAUUGCGGCAAAGAAAAAUCCAUGAUGCUCUCCAACUGUCUGUUCCGCACAGGUGGCUGCUCCAUUCUUUUGACAAACAACAGAGCUUUAAAACACAAAUCCAUCAUGAAGUUGAACCAUUCAGUGAGGACUCAUAUCGGCGCAAACGAUGAAGCAUAUGGAUGCUGCUUUCAAAAAGAAGAUGGACUCGGCUACCGAGGUUUCCUUCUCACCAGAGCCCUACCAAAAGCUGGAGCUCAUGCUUUUUACACGAACCUCCAGGUUCUAGUACCAAAAAUCCUCCCCCUGAGAGAGCUACUUCGAUAUAUAAUUGUCACUCGGCGUAGGAAGGCCAAAGGCGCUACCACUAGCUUUGAAACAGCGGGCGCAGGUUUGAAUCUGAAAUCGGGAAUUGAUCACUUUUGUUUACACCCUGGAGGAAGAGCUGUUAUUGACGGGAUUGGGAAGUGUUUACGGAUCAAUGAAUAUGACUUGGAGCCAUCAAGAAUGGCGCUUCACCGAUUCGGAAACACCUCCGCCGGUGGGUUAUGGUAUGUUUUGGGCUACAUGGAAGCUAAAAAAAGGCUGAAGAAAGGCGAUAAAAUCUUGAUGGUGAGCCUUGGAGCUGGUUUCAAAUGCAACAACUGUGUGUGGGAAGUUAUGAAGAACUUGGAGGAUGCGAACGUGUGGGAAGAUUGCAUAGACCGCUAUCCGCCGAAAACGCUUGUCAACCCUUUCAUGGAGAAGUACAGUUGGAUCAACGACGAGUAUUUGAGCUUCAUUAGGUUUCAUAAUCAGAAGCCAUAGCCAGAAUUGGUGGUUUAGUUCUGUUUCAGGUUUCCUUUGGUACGUAUUAACAAAAUCUUUUGAGUUCCGCAUUAUCAAUAUGUGGUGUGUGUUUUUGUUUUUGAUUUCUCAGGUGAUGGGGUCAACCACAGUCGAUCUGCUGGCAGAAAACCCCACUCUCUGAAGCUGCAUUUAGUACGACAAUAAAGUUAAACUUCUGAUAUAUUAUUCUAUGUUCGUGGAAACAUUAUCUGUAUUCAGCAGAAAAAAAAUAUUUAUCAUCAAUGAAUUGUAUUCCAACUACCAGUGUUUAUUUUUAUAAUACUUCGGUU